AUGUCCGCGGGAGGGAAAAUCCACAUUCAGCAAUACACAAGUUUAGUUGGGAAACACGUGCAGUUCAAACCGGAUAUAAUGGCGGCCAGAAAAUUGUUCCUCCGAACUUUUGAUAUUUUCUUUGAUUCUUUGUCAAGUGGAAAGGCUUCUAAAUUAAAGGAUAUUCGAACCUCAGGGAAGGAAAACCUGGCAGUUCUAGAGUCUGGAGAACUCCGAAUAUCUAGUCUCUUAAAAGUGAUCAUGGGCGGCGGCCGGCGAGUCUUCACACCCAACGAUGUAUUGGACGUCGAAGAGUCUCGCUACGGCUACCGAAAGGACGGGAAGAACCUCAUUAAUUCCUGGCUGGACGAUAAGAUAGGACGAGGGAGUAGCGCCGCCUACGUGUGGAACCGCGAGGACCUCCUGUCCACGAAUACUAAUAACACCGAUUAUCUGCUGGGACUCUUUGCCUACAGCCACAUGGACUACCUGGUGGAGCGAGAUACUUCCAUGGACCCGAGCCUUCCUGAGAUGACGCGGGCAGCCAUAGAGGUCCUCCAGCGUGAUAACAAUGGCUUCUUCUUGCUUGUGGAAGGCGGCCUCAUCGACCACGGCCACCACGGGAACAAGGGCAUCAAGGCUCUGACGGAGACGGUGGAGAUGGACGAGGCCGUGGAGGUAGCUCUGUCCAUGACCAGCCAGGAGGACACGCUCAUCGUCGUCACCGCUGACCACGCCCACACCAUGAGCAUUAACGGAUACCCUUCCCGCCACACAGACAUCCUCGGUUUGGCAGACUUCAGUGACGAAGAUUACAUGCCCUUCACUACCAUUCUGUACGGUAAUGGACCAGGAUAUCGGGAUCCAGUUAACGGACACCGCCCAGAUCCAACUAAUGAUGAUCUGCGUAAGUGUUCGGAUAAAUGA